CAAAAACAAACAAUGUUUGAAUUGGAGCUAGCUACAUGUCAAAAGUUUGACAAAAUCAAUAUAAAUAAUAAUAAAGAUAAUGUUUGAAAUAAAAAAUAAAAUUGAGGUCAUAAUUAUUAAACGAUAUUAAGAGUAAGGAACUAUCAAGUUAAAAACGAAAUUAAAAAAUGACACUUUAUUUUGAUAUUCGUGUACAAAAUCCAGAAACAUCAUCAAUAAAUACAUUAUCAAGUUGGCAUAAUAAUUUUCCACUUCUUGCUGUUGGUUCUUAUUCACAAGAUAAAGGUGGUUUUGUUAUUGUAUAUGAUGAUCAAGGUGAGCCAUUGCAAGAUGUAGAAUCAUCACCAGGUGAUUCAUUAUCACAAGUAACAGCAUUAUGUUGGCAUCCAGAAAAACGUUUAUUAAUAUCUGGUUGGGAAACUGGUGAAUUAAAAAUAUGGCCAGGUGAUUCUGGUACAUGUGAAUAUAAAAUAACAGCAACACCACAUAAAGAUCCAUUAUCCAUACUUCAAUGGAGUCAAAAUGGUGGUAGAUUUGUAUCAGCUGAUACAGCUGGUUCAAUUGUUGGAUGGAAAAUUGAUACAAGAGGCCAGUUAUUUGUAACAUUUCAUCAUGAACUUAAAGAAUCAUUUACACAUAUUAUUUUUAAAUUAUCACAAACAACAACAACAACAACAUCAAUAGCAACAACUUCAAAACAAUCAAUGGAUAUUACAGAACUAGCAAAAGCUGCUGUUGCUGGUGAUGAAAGAGCACUAGAUUUAUUUAGUACAUGGAGACCAAGAACAGCUCAUACAACAAUUAAUACUCAAAAAGAUAAUCAUGCAUUUUAUAUUGGUUCAACAAGUGGAACAAUUUAUUAUAUUGAUGCACCAGGACAAUGUAUUGAAGUAUUAAAUACUGGUGGUUUAAAUAUAUUAUGUAUGUUAUAUCAUCAAACAAGAGAUUCAAUUGUAAUAUUAACUGAAGGUUUAAAUAUUGCUAAUUAUCAAGUUGAUUCAUCAACUGGUCGUCUUACAGAAUUAACCAGAGUUAAAUUAAAUGGUAAAGGUGAUAUAUCAAGACUUGGUCCAGUUUUAUGUUGGAUUAAAACAAAUACAAUUGCUAUUUUAACUGGUGAUAUUGGUAUAAGAUGUUGGGAUGUAUAUACCGGUGAUACAUAUGUUCUUCAACCACCAGAAUCAUUAACUGGUAAUAUAGCAACACCACAAGAAAUAUGUACAAGUUUAUCAUAUUGUAAAUACAAUGAAACACUUGCUGCUGGAACAAAUUUAGGCACAAUAUAUUUAUGGAAAAAAAAAAAUUCAUCAACAACUGAUGAAUAUGGCUGGCCAAUAAUACCAAGCACUUGUACAGUACAUGGUACAGUUAAACAAUUAACAUGGGGUGGUACAUUAUUGAGAAAUCCAUUAAUUGCUGUUAAUUGUUUAACAAAUGUAUUUAUAUUACAUCAACAAACAAUGUGUGCUGUAUACAAUGAAAAUGUAUGUGCUAGUCAAAUAGCACCAAUGCAAAUUCUCAUUGAAACAGAUAAAAAAUCAUGUACAUUAAAAACUGAUCUUCAAGUACAAAUUUUAGGUGUUAAUAAAAAUUAUAUUGCUGUAUCAUCAUGUAGACAAAUUGGUGUUUAUAAAAUAAUACAUAAUACAGAUAAUAUAAAUACAAUUGUUAUUGGUACAUUUAAUUGUGAUACUGAAAAAAUAUUAAUUUAUGAUGAUGUAUUAAUUAUAUUAACACCAAUUGUCAUUCAAUUAAGAUCACUUGAUGGAAUAAUAAUACAAACACUUCCAACUUUACCUGAAGAAGGUGAACCAAUAACAAUGGAACUUACUGGUAAAUAUUUAACAGUUGCAUCAUUAAAUGGUAUAUUAAAAAUAUGGGAUGUUGGUAAAAGAGAAGCUAAAUUACAUACACGUGCAUUAACAGUUUAUGAAGCAAUUGAUGAUUUUGCUGAAAUUAUUGAAGCUAAAUGUAAUGCUGAUUGUCGUUGUGUAUCAAUAACAAUUGCCAUGACAAAUUUAAUGCCAAGUUCAAUAUUAUAUGUAUGGGAUAUUGAGGGUGAUCAAAUUUAUGAAUUUGAUUUUUCAAAAUUAGAAAUAAAUAAUGAACAAACAAAUGUUAAGCUAAAAUCAAGACUUGUUACUGCUCAUUAUUGGGAUACAAAUGAACCACGUGUAUUAAUAUGUAGAGCACAAAAAAUUGAUAAAAAAAAAAAUUCAUUAAAUAAAAAAAAACCUGAUAAUAAUCAUGGUGAUGAUAAUGUAUUAUUGGUAUCAUUAUUUGCAACACCUGAUAAUGGUAUAACUGUACAAGAUAUAAGACCAAUUAAAGAUCAAAAUUGUCGUUUACUUGGUGUACAAUGUCCUGAUAUAAUUCUAUUAAAUCCAGAUAUGGCAAUAACAGAUGGAAGUAAAAUAACAAAAUUAUUAAUGCAUGAAUUUGAAGAACUUGGUGAUUGUGAUGAUAAUGUUAAAAAAGCAAUAAUGGAUUUUAGUUAUUAUAUUAGUAUGUCAAAUAUGGAUGAAGCAUUUAAAUCAAUAAAAACAAUUAAAAAUCAAAAUGUAUGGAAAAGUUUAGCUAAAAUGUGUGUUAAAACAAAACAAUUUGAUAUGGCUGUAUUAUGUUUAGGUCAUAUGAAACAUGUUAGAGGUUCACGUGCACUAAGACAAUCAAUGCAAGAUUCAUCAUUAAGCCUCGAUGCUAAAAUUGGUAUACUUGCUGUUGAAUUAGAACUUUAUAAUGAUGCUGAACGUUUAUUUCGUGAAGCAAAUCGUCUUGAUUUGCUGGGUUAUUUAUAUGAAUCAUCAAAUAAAUAUACAGAUGCUAUAACAUUAGCUAAAAAUGAAAAUAAAAUACGUGAAAAAUUAAGUUAUUUUAAUUAUGCAAAAGCACUUGAAUCAAAUCGUGAUAUUGAUAAAGCAAUUGAAAUGUAUACAAAAGCUGAUUGUCAUAGAUUUGAAGUACCAAGAAUAUUAUUAAAUCGUCCACAAGAACUUUAUUCUUAUUUAUCAAAUUCUGAUGAUCCGGCAAUUAAAAAAUGGCAUGCACAGUAUGUAGAAUCAAAAGGUGAUAUGGAAGGUGCACUACGUCUUUAUGAAGCAGCAAAUGAUACACUUGGUGUCGCAAGAAUAUUAUGUUAUUUAGGCAGAGAAGAAGAAGUUAAUGAACUUGUUAUGAAAACAAAUCAUGCUGUAUCAGCUUAUCAUUUAGCUUCACAUUAUGAUUCCCUAAAUGAUCCACAACAAGCUGUACAUUUUUAUACAAUUGCUAAAGCAUAUAAUAAUGCAAUUAGAAUAUGUAAAGAACAUAAUAUGAUAGAAGAAUUAUGGCCAUUGGCUAUGCUUGCAUCAAAACAAAUACAAUUUGAUGUUGCAAAAUAUUAUGAAGAAAAUGAUAAACCAGAUAAAGCUGUAUUACUUUAUCAUAAAGCUGGUAUGAUACCAAAAGCACUUGAUCUUGCAUUUAGUACACAACAAUAUGAUGCACUUCAAUUAAUAACAAUGGAUGUUAAUGCACAUUCUGAUCCAUCAUUAAUACUUAAAUGUGCUGAUUUUUUUGUUAAAAAUAAUCAAAUUGAAAAAGGUGUUGAUUUAUUAGCAACUGGAAAAAAUUAUUUACAAGCACUUGAUUUAAUUCAAGAAAAUAAUAUUACAAUGACUGAUGAAUUAGCUGAAAAGUUAACAAUAAAUAAAAUUGAUAAUGACAUGGAAAAUGAUGGUUUUCGUAUAAAAAUAUUAGAAAGAAUUGGUGAAAUUGCAUUUAAUCAAAGUAAUUAUCAUUUAUCAACUAAAAAAUUUACCCAAGCUGGUAAUAAAUUACGUGCAAUGAAAGCAUUAUUAAAAUCAGGUGAUACUGAAAAAAUAUGUUUUUUUGCACAAGUAUCACGUCAACGUGAUAUUUAUAUUAUGGCUGGUAAUUAUUUGCAAUCAUUAGAUUGGCAAAAUAAGCCAGAAAUAUUAAAGAAUAUUAUUAGCUUUUAUUCAAAAGGUAAAGCUAUGGAUUUACUGGCAAAUUUUUAUGUUGCAUGUGGUCAAGUUGAAAUUGAUGAAUUUCAAAAUUAUGAUAAAGCACUUGAUGCAAUUAAUCAAGCAUCAAAAUGUCUGUCAAAAGUAACAACUCCACGUGAUCCAGAAAUACAAAAAAGAGCUAUUGAAGUUGUUAAUACAAGAAUGAAUAUUAUAAAACGUUAUUUAGAUAUUAAAAAAAUGUUUAAUCGUGGUGAUACUGAUAUGGCUAUUGCACAAGUACGUCAAUUACUUGAUGCAUAUGGUAAUGAUUUGGAAGAAUCAGUUAGACGUGGUGAUUUAUUUUCAACAAUAACACAGCAUUAUGCUGAUAAUGGUAAUAUUGAAAAAGCAAGAGCUUCAAUUGAAGAACUUAAAAGACUUGUUCCUGGUAUUAAUUUAACUUAUUAUUAUAAUGAAAAUUUACUUGAACUUCUUGGCUAUCAAAUUAAUAUACAACGUGAAGAAAGUAUUGACAAUGACGAUGGAAUUGAAGAACUUUUAGGAGAAUAAUAGAAGUUUUUUCUUUUGUUAUUUUUAACAACACAAUUUACACUUUAAAAAUAAAAAUAUAUCUACACAAUCCGUCCACAGUUUGUGAUAAUUUAUAAUUCAAUUAAUAUGUAAAAAAAAUAUAAUAAACAUAUCGAAAUUUUAUUAAUAAAUUUUUAUUUCAAUUAAACUUAAAUACUAAACAUUUUCAAGAUUUUAUUUUUGUUUAUUUGACAUGUCAAAUUAACAAUAAUCAUUUGAAUUAUGUGGUCAUACUUUUCAACAAGUAUGAAACAAUAGAAAAAAACAAAAAAAAAUAGCAAAAAUUAUAUCUAAGAAAAAGAAAAAUUAAUAAAUAAAGGCAAAAUGAAAAAUAAAAAAAAAUAAAUGCUAAAUAUGUAAUGACGAUUGAUUGAUUGAUUGAUAAGACUGUUAUAAAAAAAUAUUUUACUAUUAUGAGUUAUUAAUCAUGUCAUACACGUGUUUAACUGAGAAAAUUUCAAGUAAAAAAAAAAAAAACUUAUAAAUCUUAAUUAGCUAAAGUAUAAUUAAUGAUUUAUGGAGUUGGUUUUUUGCAUGGUGAUGCAGUCUCAGCUUCUGGAUCUUCAUUUUUACGUUUUUUACGAACAAGAUGUGAUAUAUCACUUGCUGGUUUAGCUGUUGGUACUGGAGCAGUUGUUGUAUCAGCACUUGUUGAUGUACCAGCUGAACUUGGUCCAGCUCCAUUUGUACUACCACUACUAGCUUGUUUUUUAAUUCCUUCAAUAACAAGUCUACAUGCUUCUUGUUUAAAAUCUUUCAUAUCAGCAAUUUUUUCCAAUAUUUCAGGUAAUAAUUCUUUAAGUUCAGCAAUUUCACCUUCAUUUUUUUUAACUGAUUCAUUUGUAGAUUCUAAUUCUUUUAUUCUUGCUUCAAGUAAUGUU